AUGACCGCCAUUGACUCCCGCCCGGUAUUCUUCUUUGACAUCGACAACUGUCAUGCAAUGUCCACGAUGAGAUGCAGACACUCAUCAGUCAGUCCUCCCAGCCUCGAUCAUGUCGGGAAUGCGAUGCUAACCCAUCUUCUGAUUUGUCUAGACAAGUUCUUCGUCAAACACCUUACCCUCAACAAAGACGAUGCGCAUAUGCUGCACCAGAAGUACUACAAGGAAUAUGGACUCGCCAUUGAGGGCCUCGCUCGCCACCAUAAGAUCGACCCGCUCGUGUUCAACUACGAGGUUGACGACGCCCUGCCCCUCGAUGCGUGCCUGAAACCGGACCCCAACCUGCGCAAGUUGCUGCAAAGCCUGGACACCAGCAAAGUGAAGCCGUGGUUGCUCACUAAUGCCUACAUCAACCAUGCGAAACGGGUGGUGAAGUUGCUAGACGUCGAGGAAUUCUUUGAGGGCGUCACCUUCUGUGACUAUGGGCAAUUGCCGCUGGUCUGCAAACCCAGUCAGGAUAUGUAUGCGAAGGCGGAGAAGGAGGCUGGUGCUCCUAGUACGGAGUCGUGCUUCUUUGUUGACGACUCUCACUUGAAUUGCAAGCAUGCGCAAGACCGAGGGUGGACCGUCGUCCAUCUGGUUGAGCCAGGGCAACCGAUUCCACGAAUCCCGGCAUCGAGAUACUUGAUUUCCAGCCUUCAGGAGCUUCGGACUCACUUUCCACAUGUCUUCAAGCCGCAAGCCGAAGAGGCUUAG